AUGUAUACAGCAGAAACCAAUGAAAUGCACGAAUCUAUAGAAGACAAUGCAAAUAAUAAUGAAAAGAUUAAGAAGGUAAAAAAGGAACGCAAGAAGAAAGAAAACAGAGGGAUCGAUGAGGAUCACUUGGAGGUAGAACGCUUAGAUCUUAGCCCGCAUUUUUCCAAUAAGCCAAUUAAGAUUCUGCUGCCUGAGUGUCCUGUGAGCGCAGAGAUUUUGUCCUUGGCCAACGACUGGAUGGUCAACGUUAGCAUCGAGUGUCCACGUAAUUCCAUAUUUGAUCUCAUGCAGGUUGCCUACAAUUUUUAUAUGCCACGCCUGCGAAUCGAUUUAUUAAGUUGCUUGGAUGAUAGAAGCGCAUUCAGCACCGAAGACAUUGUGCACUUAUAUUUCAGGGCACAGAAAACGCGAGUCGCCGAUGUUAGUAUUUUAAUGCUGCAUGCGGUGGGCCAACAUUUUCUCUUGAUCGUUCACACGGAUGAGUUUCGUGAUUUGGAGUGGCAUGCCUUGCGUGAUUUACUCCACUCGAGUCUGUUGUAUGUGCACUCGGAGAUUGAGGUGUUGUACUCGGUGUUCAUUUGGCUCUACACCGCGUACGAUGAUCGCAUUAAUGAUCUGGCCGGUGUGCUGGAAGGAGUGCGCUUCCAGCAGAUGCCGCCCGUAUUUCUUGUUACACUGGGCACAUUGCUGACGGAGCUGGACGUCGAACUGGCCGAUAAACUAUGUCCCAAUAUGCAGAUGGGAAUGUUGAUUCAACAGGAAUGCUAUCAGUGUGACAUUGAAGUGGGCAAUGGAGUGGAAUUGGAACGAGUCUGGAUCGAAGAUCCCGAGUGUCCAUAUCUCAACGAUGUCAAGAAGGGGAAAUAUAUCGAUCAUGAAGUAUUUUUGAAGUACGUAGAGAGACUCACUAAUUUGGAUGCUUUCACAUCGCGCAUCUACGUUAAGAGUAACAAGAAUGUUUUGCAAUUAACAGAAAUUUCGCAAAGUGAGUGAAUUGAAAGCAAAAUCCAAAAGCAGCAAAGUAUAAUGAUUAUUGUCAAUUCAUCUGAAAUAACAACAUGUGACAUACUAAAAGGCUUCUUCAAUAUAUUAAUCAGAAAUUCAGCAAUUGCCUGUCCUUGACUCUUGACUGCGAAUAAGUUGUCAACAGACCAGGCGGGCAUAGCUGACGUAUACGUAAUUUAUGCAUGCAAAAUCCAACCCAAUUAAAUAAUUUCGAACACACAAAGAAAAGAAACGGAAACAAUGAAGCACAAAACGAGUUUCCAUGGAAAGCAGCGCCACAUAACAAUAACAAUAACAAUGACAGUGACAGUGACACUACGCUACAUAUAUUAGGCAUGGUUAGUUUUAGUCAUAAUAUAUGUAUAUAACGGCAUAUUACGUAUACGUUGAAGAACACAAAAAAAAAAGCAAAACAAAACAAACGAAAUUUGUUUAUCUCAAUUCCAAUUCUUUAGCAGAGACAAACAUCUUCGUUAUCGUCGGUGAAAAUAUAAAUACAAACGUUCAUUACGUUCUGUGUUUUGCACAAAACAAAAGAAAAGAAAACUUAGGAAAAGUUGUGCAAAUUUUUGCUUUACAUAAACACAUUCACAAAAAAUUCAAACAUUGUUUUAUUCAUAUUGUGUUGUUGAUUAAAUUAAAUUAAUA